GAGAGAGCGGCGUCCACUCAACUCCUCUCCAGCGCCACGCACGGGACUUGCUGCUGGAGUCACGGGAGAGGCAGGCGGAGGAGACACCGAGGGGUGCUGGCGAUGGCGAUGCGGGUCCCGGCCCUGCUGUGCCUCCUGCUGGGGCUGGGAAUGAGCGCCGUGCGCGGCAAGCAGAGGGACUGCGUGGGCACUGAGAACAAGAUGAGCCUCCUGGGCAGUGCCGAGAAGCAGUACAACACCCUGCGGAGCAUGUACACCAACUGCGAGGUGGUCAUGGGCAACCUGGAGAUCACCUACAUCCGGAACGGCUCCGACCUCUCCUUCCUGCGGACGAUCCGGGAGGUGUCGGGCUACGUGCUCAUCGCGCUCAACGAGGUGGACCACGUGCCGCUGGAGAACCUCCGCGUGGUGCGCGGCACCCGGCUCUACGACCAGCGCUACGCCCUCACCGUGCUGCUCAACUACAACGACUCCGUGCCCGAGGAGCGCCUCGGACUCAAGGAGCUGCGGCUUACUCGCCUCACGGAAAUCCUGCGUGGAGGCGUCUACGUGAGCAGCAACGAGUUCCUGUGCCACGCCAACACCGUCAACUGGGACGACAUCCGCAACCGCAACAGCAAGGAGAACUUCAGCAGCCGCCUCGACUUCACCACCAGCCAGUCCUGCCAGCCGUGCCACCCUUCGUGCAAGAACUUCUGCUGGGGAUCGGGACCACAGUACUGUCAAACAUUCACGAGCACAAUCUGCGCCAAGCAGUGCGACGGGCGCUGCUACGGCCUCGACCCAAACCAGUGCUGCCACAAGCACUGCGCCAGCGGCUGCACUGGCCCCCGCGAGACCGACUGCUUCGCGUGCAGAAUAUUCAACGACAGCGGCGCCUGCGUGGAUCACUGCCCGGCUCCAGUCUUCUACAACCCGUCCACCUUCCAGCUGGAGUCCAACCCCAACGUCAAGUACAGCUACGGAGCAUCCUGCGUCAAGGAGUGCCCCAGGAAUUUUGUUGUCGACUACAACUCCUGCGUGCGCUCGUGCCCCGUCAACAAGACCGAGGUGGAAGAUGGCAGCGGAGUGAAGCACUGCAAACCCUGCCCGGACAACCUCUGUCCUAAAGUUUGCGAUGGAAUUGGAUCCGGAAAUCUGAAAGGGGCGCAAACGGUCGACUCUAAAAACAUCCAUUUCUUCUCGAACUGCACGACCAUCAGUGGGAACCUGAUCUUCCUGCGAAAUGGAUUCGAUGGCGACCGCUAUUACAACAUUCCUCCUCUGAACCCGGACACCCUCGAUGUAUUCCACAAUGUGCAAGAGGUCACAGGGUUCCUCAACAUUGAAGCCUGGCCAGAAAACAGGACAGACCUGAGCGUUUUGGAGAAUCUGCGGACGGUGAGAGGCAGGGACACCAGAAGCGGCUAUUCCUUCCUGGUGUCCAACCUGCCGCACAUAAAAUCGCUGAGCUUCCAGUCUCUGGAGGAGAUCAGCGAGGGCGGCAUUUACAUUCGACGGAACAGAAACCUCUGCUUCCACGACACGGUCAACUGGACCCGCCUGCUGAGGUCAAGUCGCCCGCGCCUGCUCUACGACCCCCCCCAAGACAACUGCAGCAAAGAGGGCUACGUCUGCGACGCCCUGUGCUCGGCAGAGGGCUGCUGGGGCCCCGGGCCCAUGCAGUGCCUCAGCUGCAAGUUCCACAAGCGUGGGAAGACGUGCGUGGAGUCCUGCAGCGUGCUCGACGGGGACGAGCGAGAGUUUGUGAGUGGCGCUCUGUGCAUCGCGUGCCACGCCGAGUGCAUGCUCAUCAACGGCAGCCUCACCUGCCACGGCCCGGGCCCAGACAAUUGCACGCGGUGCCGGCACUACAGGGAGGGCCCUCACUGCGUGGGAUUCUGCCCGGAGGGAGUCCCAGGGGAGUCGGGCGAGCUCAUCUACAAAUACCCGGACGAGGACGGCGUCUGCCACCCGUGCCAUUACAACUGCACGCAAGGAUGCGUUGGGCCCACUCAAGAAGAUUGCAAGGGACCAUCGUACCUGCACAGCAACAAGGUGCCGGUGAUCGCGGCGGGUGUGGUGAGCGGCCUCUUCGCCGUCUUCCUGCUGCUGCUGGCGCUCUUCGUCUACAAGCGACACCAGAACGCGCUGCGCAAGCGCACGCUGCGCAAGUACGUCGAGAACGAGUUGGUGCAGCCGCUGACGCCAAGUGGAGCGCAGCCGAACCAAGCGCAGUUGAGAAUCCUCAAGGAAACGGAGCUCAAAAAGGGGAAGGUCCUCGGCUCUGGGGCCUUUGGAACUGUCUACAAAGGAAUCUGGGUCCCCGAGGGGGAGUCAGUGAAGAUCGCUGUGGCCGUGAAGGUGCUGAGGGACUCGGCCUCCUCGAAAGCCAACAAGGACAUUCUGGAUGAAGCGUACCUGAUGGCGAGCGUGGACCACCCCCACCUGGUGCGGCUGCUGGGCAUCUGCAUGAGCUCGACGACGCAGCUCGUGACGCAGCUCAUGCCGCACGGCUGCCUGCUGGAGUACGUGCGCGAGCACCGUGGCCGCGUCGGUUCGCAGCUCAUCCUCAACUGGUGCGUGCAGAUCGCCAAGGGUCUCAUGUACCUGGAGGAGAGGCGGCUGGUGCAUCGCGACCUGGCCGCGCGCAAUGUGCUCGUCAAGGCCCCCAACCACGUGAAGAUCACCGACUUUGGGCUGGCACGCCUCCUCGAUGUCAAUGAGCAGGAGUACCAGGCCGAGGGGGGCAAGAUGCCAAUAAAGUGGAUGGCUCUCGAAUCUAUACAGUACAGAAAAUUUACCCACCAGAGCGACGUGUGGAGCUAUGGCGUGACCGUGUGGGAGCUCAUGACGUUCGGAGGCAAGCCGUACGAUGGGAUCUCUGCGCGGGACAUCCCCGGGCUCCUGGAGAAGGGGGAGCGGCUCCCCCAGCCCCCGGUGUGCACCAUCGACGUCUACAUGAUCAUGGUGAAAUGUUGGAUGAUCGAUGCUGAGUCCCGGCCCCGGUUUAGCGAGCUGGCUACCGACUUUUCCAAGAUGGCUCGUGAUCCUUCCAGAUACCUGGUCAUUCAGGGAGAUGAGCCUAUGGCUUUGCCAAGCCCCACGGACAGCAAAUUCUACAAGAGCUUCCUGCAAGAUAGCAACGAUGAGCUGGGAGUCGUCUCCAUGCAGGAGGAGACCUUCCUGAACUCCUCCACGCGCCCGUUCCACCUCAUGCCUCCGCCUUCGGGCCGACGGCAUGGCACCGCCACACUGGGCAGCAAAGAUGGGACUUCACCUCCGCCACCCUACACGCCAAUGUCUGGGAGCGUUGACUUCGAGCCGGAUUGCGGGACGCCUGCGGCGUGCGACCGGAGCAUCAGGCGCAGUCUGUCGCGCCGCUCGGAGACGUUGACGGACGCC